UUUCAGGCUGAAGGAAAAAGUCUCUCUCUUUCUGCUCAAAGAGCGGUUUAAGAGGACGUUUUAUUUUGAUUACGUCAGCAGGAUUGGCCCAUUCAUAUUUUCAAACUGAUCAUUGAAGUGGCCGGGCUUUAGGACCACGCGGAAACGUGCAUUUGUGGUCGGGCGGACAGCUUCCCUGGGAGGACAGAAGCUGCUAAAGUGGCAUUUUCAGAGCGGGGUUUCCCGUCUGGGUCUGGAGCACAUGAAUCGGGCAUCUGAGCCGUGUCCUGCUGCUUUGGGAACACAUGUCUCUCCAGCCCGUGUCCCAAGUGAACUUUGUGACAGUAACCGUGAUCCUGCCUAGUCUGGGAGGGCUGAAUGAGGCGAGUCACCCUCUGCCGGAAAUCUCCCACGUCCUGAUCUCGGCUCCCUCUAUAUUAUGGUGCUGAUCUCCCUCCUCCAGUCACAUGAAACGAUCGCAAAGUUAUCUCACAGUCUGCACAAGAUGACAAGAAGACUUGGACGCAGUGGUUUGGCAGCAAGGCUGCAAAUACUUUAUGUUCUGAUCAACGUAACCGAUGCCUUCGUAGCAUCGAACGAUGACUCUGCAAAUACAUUUCAUCCCUGAUUUUGAAAGCUUUCAGAUCUUUAAAUGGCACGCUAUGACUUAAACUGGUACCUGCUCCAACAUGGAAGUCGUUCAGAGCAAACUGGUAAUACAUUGUCCAGUAAACUCUCAUCGUCUAGGCAACAAGGCCAUCUAAAGCAGCUGCAACAAUAUGAACAAAUAGUUCCUUACCUCCUGGAUGGAGAUCACCAGAAACAAUCUAGCAACCUGCAUGGAAAGAGUCACCCGAAAUGGGCUAAGUUCCUAAUUGAAGCUGAAGGCAAACAGUUGGUCAUCGAACUUGAAAGAAAUGAUGUGCUUUUUGCUGAAAACUACACAGAGACACACUACCUGUUGGAUGGCAGUGCUGUCAUAAACACACAGAAUCAUACGGGUCACUGCUACUACCACGGUCACGUGCAAGGAUAUUCUCAAUCUAUUGUCAGCCUCAGCACUUGUUCUGGUCUCAGGGGAUUUGUUUCAUUUGAAAAUAAAAGUUAUAUAUUAGAACCCAUUGAAGGUGUCACCGAUAACACACACUUGAUCUACAGAGCGGAAAAUCUUAAAGGAAAUGUGGGUACUUGUGGACAGAACUUCAGAACAUCAGCUACAACUGUGGACGCUGACACUGAGUCCUUACAGAGGUCUUCUACAAGGCACAAAAGAGACAUAUCGAAGACCACUAAAUAUGUGGAACUUGUUAUUGUAGCAGACAAUCGAGAGUUUCAGAAACAAGGGAAGGAUUUGGAAAAGACUAAACAGAGACUGAUAGAAAUUGGCAAUUUUGUGGAUAAGUUUUACAGAUCUUUGAAUAUACGAGUUGCCCUUGUUGGAGUUGAAGUUUGGACUGACAUGGAUAAAUGUUCAAUAACUGGAGACCCAUUCGCCACACUCAAUGAAUUUCUUGACUGGAGGAAAAUGAAACUACUGUCCCGUAAACCACAUGACAAUGCCCAACUUGUGAGUGGGGUAUACUUCCAAGGAACUACAAUUGGAAUGGCACCUAUAAUGAGUAUGUGCACAGCUGAGCAGUCAGGAGGGAUUGUUAUGGAUCACUCAGACAAUCCUCUUGGAGCAGCAGUAACAAUGGCCCAUGAGCUGGGCCACAACUUCGGCAUGAAUCAUGAUACUCCUGAGCGUGGCUGUACCUGCAGGGCAACAUCGGAGAAAGGGGGCUGCAUUAUGACACCAUCCACAGGAUAUCCUUUUCCCACAGUAUUUAGCAGCUGUAGCAAGAAAGAUCUGGACAGUAGCCUGGAAAAGGGAGUUGGAAUGUGUCUCUUCAACAUGCCAGAAGUAAAAGAGCUCUAUGGUGGGCAGAAGUGUGGCAAUGGUUACGUGGAAGAAGGCGAGGAGUGUGACUGUGGUGAACUCGAAGAAUGUACCAACCCCUGCUGUAAUGCAAGUACCUGCACUCUGAAGCCUGAAGCAGUUUGUGCUCAUGGACUUUGCUGCAAAGAUUGCAAGCUGAAGCCACCAGGAACCCCUUGCAGAGAUUCCAGCAAUUCUUGUGAUCUGCCCGAAUUUUGCACUGGAACAAAUGCACAUUGUCCAGCCAAUGUGUAUCUGCACGAUGGGCAACCCUGUCAUAAGAAGGAUGGUUACUGUUACAAUGGGAUAUGUCAGACCCAUGAGCAACAGUGUAUUACUCUUUGGGGACCAGGUGCCAAACCUGCCCCUGGAAUCUGCUUUGAAAGAGUUAACUCAGCAGGUGACCCAUACGGUAAUUGUGGGAAGGACUCGACUGGUCUGUUUGCAAAGUGUGACAUCAGAGAUGCCCAAUGUGGAAAAAUACAAUGUCAGGGAGGAGCGAGCCGCCCUGUCAUUGGGACAAAUGCAGUCUCCAUUGAAACUAACAUCCCCUUGCAAGAAGGUGGAAAGAUCUUGUGCCGUGGCACACAUGUCUAUCUAGGGGAUGAUAUGCCUGAUCCAGGGCUUGUACUAACAGGCACCAAAUGUGGAGAGGGGAAGAUUUGCCUAAAUCGACAGUGCCAGAACAUCAGUGUCUUUGGAGUGAUAGAAUGUGCUUCAAAAUGUCAUGGCCAAGGGGUUUGCAACAACAAUAAAAACUGCCACUGUGACCAUGAUUGGGCUCCUCCAUAUUGUGAUAAACCUGGUUUAGGAGGGAGCAUAGACAGUGGACCCAUGAGGCUUGAAGAAAGUAACAGCCUAUUUGUAGGCAUACUAGUUACAAUCUUGAGUCUUAUUGCUGCGGGAGUGAUAAUGUGUUUCAAACGGAAGACAUUGCUUCAGCUGCUCUUCUCACAUAAAAUAACAACAGUUGAAAAGUUAAGGACUGUAGGUCCAACUAGAUCUUCAACCCCAAGCCAAUCCAGCAGUACCUACACAACUCCCAUCAAAAGACAAGCCAACAUUUACAAGCAGACAGACAAUCUGCAGUCAACCAGCUCAUUUACAUCCCCUACUACGCGAGAUCAAAGUGUGCGAGAACCACCUUGCUAUCAGCCGGUUCACAUUAGUAACCCUCUGCCGAAUUCAGUCGCAAGAGCAAAUUUGCACUUUUCCCUGACACCUCAGUGGGUGCUGCCCCCACUGAACCACAGCACGGAGUCUAAUUCAGGAGUACCAAGCAGACCAUUGCCAGCUAAACCCUCCUUCAGAAAUCCACAGGGUCCUUCUAUGCGUAGUCCUCCACAGAAACCUCUGCCAGCAAAUCCCAUAAACAGGCCAUCACAACUGGAUGCUCCCUUCAUACAACAUCCUGAGAUCCAGAUCAAACCUGUCAGACCAGCACCCAAGAAGCCUCAGCAGUACAGUAAAAUUAACCGACGAUGUUGACAUUGAAUGAUGAAAAGAAUUUACCUGCCAGCAACUGACCAAACACGUUUGCACUACAAGAGAAUUCUAAAUGGAGUUAGUCCUCUUAUUAACCAGCAUUGCAAGUAGGAAGUGUUCUUCUAUAUAUCCAUUUCUGUGCUAGCAUUUCUUGACUGGCAUGGGCAACAGAUAGCAAGGUAUAGGUGACUAUCAAGCUAUUCCUUUUACCCUAACUAGAAGAGAAAUAUUCUUUAUCUGCAUAUAGUUGAGAGAUGCUGGUACCUCAGUCUUUUAUACAUUGGAAGUGGUCCUGUCAUCCUCCUAUGAUUAAUAUCUCAUGGUACCACAAAGAACCGUAGCAAUAUGCCAUAGUGGCUUCAUUGUACUACAUCACUGGGUUUUUUUUACUGUACCAUUUGCUUCCACACUAAAGAUGCAUUUUAUUCCAUUUUUAACUAAUAUGCCAUCAAAGCAAUGUAUUUAAACAGUAAACACACCAAAAUAUAUCAGUGCCUUCACUGUAUAAACAAGAUACCAGAUGGACACAAUACCCUUGUGUACUAUGUCAUCAGAUCCAUUCAUUUUAUGGGUUGUAUGACUGAGGGCCAUGAAUGGCUCUUGUAAAAUCAAUCAAAUUUUUGUAUGACUUUAGAAAUCACAUGAUUAGGCAUUUUAAUUUAACAGAAGUGCUAAAUAUGUUAAUAGUGAUUGAUCAACUGUUUGAAAUGCGUUCUUAUACUGUAAAUAAGAGGUAAACUCACACCACUAAGGGUUGUGAUAAAAUUAGUUGGUGCUUAACAUAUUUUGUGUACUAUAAUAGAACUGAUAGAUGAAGGAAUUCUGAGCUCCUGUUUUUGGUGCUGUGGCUCCUUAUGGUGCUGUGUACUUGCUCAGGUACGUGUAAAUUAUUAAUUUAUGUUGAAUAUUUAUUACAAUGCAGUGCACUGUGGUAGACACUUUUACAGUAGCUGAAUUUUCUUAAAGGAAAAUUUCUCUGAGUGUCAUAAUUGUGAUCAUUUUCAGUGAAAAAAAAUUCUGCUUAAUUGCAACUAAGCAGAAUAAAUGUAUUGCUCUAAAGUUACUAGGGCACCAAUAAACACAAUGUGCUAUUAUUUUAAACAGAUGGAAUUAGAAUAAAUCAGAUUGGGAUGAGGAAAUUCAGCACAGAUUGGAUUGAUUCACAGAAUUCAUCAAAAAUCAAAUCACUGCAUUGUUUCCUUUUCAGGUCAACCAUUUUGUAAAAUGAUUUUUAAAAAUUCCAAACUUGUUAUUAGUGUCUCUAGUUUAUUGAUUAAACUAUACUCACAUUUUUGUAGCAUUUACAUAUACUAGAAGGUCAGCUAGCCACUCAGAGCUCUUUUUUUUAAAUGAAAUGUAUGUAACAUUCCAUUUAAGCUAGUUCAAGUUUGUUGUGCAUUUUAGGUUUUACAGGGAAACAAUUUCCACAUUUUGUUUUCCUCUGCUGUUGAUUCAAGGUUAUGCUUGUGAACUGUCCAUUAUUCACUAAACUUGGUGUUCAAAUAAUUCCCUUU